AUGAAGGGCCUCUUCCGAUCCCUUCGCCCUCUCGGCUCCUUCAGGUCACUCGCGACCGCAUCGGAAGCGUCCUCAUCCACCUUGGUCCAGCCAGUCGUGGACAAUCUUCCCGAGUCGUCUACCUCCUCGGUGAUCCCAGGCAAAUGGACACCGUAUACCCAGCGUACAGGCGCAAUAGCACGCAAGAGAGGGAUGACUGCUCUUUGGGAUAACGAUGGGCGCAGAUGGCCAGUUACUGUACUUCAGCUUGACGCAUGUCAAGUCGUCCAACAUACCCCUCCACCACCAUCCACCACCCCUACCCCAUCAUCCACCGCCCACCUCCACACGCUCCAGCUCGGCGCUUCAGAUCGGCCCGAGAAGACCACCUCGGCCCAGCUGCUCGGACAUUUCAGAAAGGCGGGUGUACCACCGAAGUAUGAGGUACAGGAGUUUAGGGUGACCCAGGAUGCGGUCUUACCGGUAGGAACGGAGAUAUCGGCGGGGCACUUUGUCCCGGGGCAGUUGGUGGACGUGUCGGCGACAUCUAUCGGCAAGGGCUUCCAGGGGCCUAUGAAGCGGCACGGAAUGAGGGGUCUCAAGGCGACACACGGUGUGUCCUUGACCCACCGAUCUGGGGGUUCUACUGGACAACAUCAGGACCCCGGCCGAGUCCUCCCCGGUAAAAAGAUGGCAGGCCACAUGGGCGCCGUCAAACGCACCACCUCCAACCUCCUCGUCCACCGCAUCGAUACCGCCCUCAACCUCAUUUUCGUCCGGGGUGCCGUUCCUGGCUCAGACGAAGCAUUCGUUUCCGUCAGGGAUGCCAAGAAGGGCGUGGUCUACAAGGCGCAGGCGGGGUUCAGGAAGGGGAAAGAGCAGGACAAGUGGUUAGGCCAGGGAGUGACGGGUUUGCCUACGCCCGGUAUGAGCAGGGAGGGGGCGAAGAAGGCGGGGUGGGAGGGGGUGGUUGAGUGGGCUGGGAAGGGCCAGAAGUAG